UAAAGCCGACACUUCCACAACUUUCUCGUCCCGAAAUGUCGCUGCUGCACAGCUCAAAAAAGAAAGACAAGCGUAUUUUGUCUGCCACCUGUCCGGACCCCAAGUGUCGGGCGAGCCUCUUCUUCCCCGCUCACGGCUCCGUUAGCAUCGAGUGCACCGAGUGUGGCCAGCGGCACGAACAGAAGAACCUUCUCAACGUUCAGGAGGUGACUGAUCCAGAUGUGGUGCUCCAUAACCUUCUCCGAAAUGCACUGCUGGGCGUCACGGGCGCCCCAAAGAAAGGCACCGAGCUGGUCAAGGUGAUGGGGCUGUCCAACUACCACUGCAAGCUGCUGUCUCCAGUUCUUACCCGCUACGGGAUGGAUAAACAAACCGGUAGAGCCAAGCUACUCAAAGAUAUGAACCAAGGUGAAAUGUUUGACUGCUCCUUGCUGGGGGACAGGGCCUUUCUGAUCGAACCGGACCACGUAUCAACAAUGGGCUAUGGUAAGGACCGCUCGGGUAGCCUCAUCUACCUCCACGACACACUGGAGGAGGUCAAGAGAGCCAACGGCAACAGGGAAUGUUUGAUUCCUGUUCAUGUUGACGGAGACGGCCACUGCCUUGUCCACGCUGUGUCCAGGGCUCUGGUGGGCCGUGAACUGUUCUGGCAUGCCUUGCGUGAGAAUCUGAAGCAGAAUUUCAAGCAGAACCUGGACCGCUAUAAGGCCUUGUUUCAGGAUUUCAUUGAUGCCGCAGAGUGGGAGGACAUCAUCAAUGAGUGCGACCCUCUGUUUGUACCGCCUGAAGGUGUCCCUCUGGGACUCCGCAACAUCCAUAUUUUUGGACUGGCCAACGUCCUGCACCGGCCCAUCAUCCUGCUGGAUUCCCUCAGUGGCAUGAGGAGCUCUGGAGAUUAUUCGGCCACCUUCCUGCCCGGCCUGGUGGCAGAGGAGCAGUGCAGGGCCAAAGACGGGAAGCUCAACAAACCCAUCUGCAUUGCCUGGAGCAGCUCCGGACGGAACCACUACAUCCCGCUGGUGGGAAUCAAGAACACUGUACUUCCCAGGCUGCCAGCCCAUCUUCUUCCCAAGGCCUGGGGUGUACCCCAGCAGCUCAUCAGGAAGUACAUCAAGCUGGAGGCAGACGGGAGCUGCGUGAUUGGCGGAGACCGCAGCCUGCAGGACAAAUACGUGAUGCGGCUCGUGGGUGCCAUGGAGGAGGUGUUCAUGGAGAAGCACAGCAUCCACCCGGCGCUGGUGGCCGACAUGCACCAGUGGGUCUACCGGCGCACUGGCGUCAUCGGCAUCCAGCCUGAAGAGGUGACUGAAGCUGCCAGGAAGUCGGUUAUGGAAAACCGCUUACAUCGCUGCCUAAUCUGCGGCGCCCUCUCCGAACUGCAUGUGCCGGCUGAUUGGCUGGUGCCAGGUGGGAAGCUCUACAACUUGGCCAAGUCCACACACGGCCAGCUGCGACCCGACAAGAAUUACAGCUUCCCGCUCAACAACAUUGUGUGUUCCUACGACCCUCACUGCGACGCCCUACUUCCAGACUACAAGCUGAGCUCCCUCAACACCUGCAACUGGUGCCAUGGAACGUCGGUCCGCCACAUCCGUGGGGACGGCCUGGUGGUGUAUCUGGACGGGGACCGAACCAACACCCGUUCCCAGGGCGGCAAAUGCGGCUGCGGUUUCAAGCACUUCUGGGAAGGUAAGGAGUACGACAAUCUCCCAGAGGCCUUCCCCAUCACGCUGGAGUGGGGGGGUCGGGUGGUCCGAGAGACAGUACACUGGUUCCAGUACGAAAAUGAUCCGGCGUUGAACAGCAACGUGUACGAUGUGGCUAUGAAGUUGGUCACCAAGCACUUCCCGGGUGAGUUCGGCAGCGAGAUCCUGGUGCAGAAAGUAGUCAACACCAUCUUGCAUCACACUGCCAAGAAGAACCCGGAUGAGUACAACCCAGUGGCUGUGGACGGUGUCCAUGUCCAGCGCCUCGCUGACUCCACAGAGAGUCAGCAGGCACCGGAUCCGCCCACCAAGAUCAUCCUGACAGGUCAGAAGGCCAAGACGCUCCACAAGGAGGAGCUGACCAUGAGCCAAGCUGAGCGCAGCCUCCAGCAAAGCAUCAGUGAGCAAGCCUCUGUCAUGCAGCGCCGCCGGACCGACAGGAUUAAGCAAGACCAGAAGGACCGCGGCAGGCCCAUGUCUCCCGGAGGUUCUCAGGAAACCUCCGCUUCCUCAUUGGCGCCAGCCACUCCCACCAAGUCCUCUGUUGCCCCUGCCUCAUCCACCAGUGAGAAGAAGAUCCGCGUGAGCACCAGCGACGGCAGGACGGCCACGCUAACCUUACAGGCCUGCACGUCCUUCUCAGAACUCCAGAGCAGCAUCGCAGACCACUUUGGCGUGCCGCCUGCCCAGCAGUGCAUCCGCUAUGGCUUCCCACCUAAAGAGCUUCUGCCGCCUGGCCCAAACAAGGAGAACGAGCCAGUGGUGCUGCAACACGGCGACAGAGUGACGCUGGAGAUACUGAAGGGCCCCGGCGACAAGAACCCCGUGACCCCCGGGCCUGGGGCCUCCGACCCACACGCGGCAAAGAGCCAGGAUGCUGUGGCAUCCGGCAGGACGAGCAGCCGCGACCUUCAGGACAGCAUUGACCUUGAGAUGUCGUCGCUUUGUCUCCUAGCGACUUUGAUGGGUGAGGAUGUUUGGUCGUACGCUAAGAAGCUGCCUCACUUGUUCCAGCAGGGCGGCGUCUUCUACAACAUCGUUAAGAAGGAUAUGGGGCUUAUGGACGGGAAGCACUGCACGCUGCCUCACCUGAUGGGCCGGACCUUUGUGUACAACGCGGCCGAGGAACGUGUGGAGCUGUGCGUGGACGCUGCCGGUCACUUUGCAGUGGGUGCCGACGUGGAGGAGCGCGUGAAGGAUGCACUGGUGCAACUGCGUUCGGAAGCGGCCUCCAGAGGUAGCAGAGAGGGGAGCCCGUCGCACGGCGUGCUGCGACUGGGAAGUGGAGGCGUGGUGCGCAAGAAAGAGCCGCUGCACGCUGUCACCGCCUUCCAGGGCAAAGGUCACUCACUGGGCAGCAGAGGCUCCUCCCCUCCCGAUCACCGGCCAAUCACUCGGCAGCAUAGCAGUGGCGUGGACCUCAGCGCCAGCGUGUCUCGCGGUCCGCCCGACUUGUCGGACAUCCCAGAGGACACCACCAGGGAGCUGGUGCGCAUGGCACCGGGCUUUGUGACGGUGAAGGAUGGCCGCAGCCUGGACCCCGCCCUCAUGGAGCAGCAGCGUAGGAAGCUGCAGGAGAUGGUCUCCUCCAUCCAGGCAUCUAUGGAGCGCCACCUCCGCCAGCAGCAGAGUGGUGAGGCAACCCCCGAGCGGACUGUCAGCGACCGGAAGGAGGAGGAAGCUGCGGCCGCUCUGGUGUCGUGCAAACCGGAAGAGGAGGAGAUGGAGAGCCAGGAUGGAGAGCAAGGAGAACCUAUGGACCACUCCUGAUCUUAGCCCCGCCUCCUCGAUGCCACACUGCCACCUGCGGGUGAAAAGAACGCAGGUCAGCUCUGCUUUGGUCCGCCGUUUCUUCUUGAUUUGUCUGCAUGUCUCCACAUCCCACGACAAAUGGCCGACUGGGGGCGGAGCCUGUGAACUGUACGUAAUGGCCGUCGUUGCGCGCCAACGCACUGACAUCGCACUGUGUAUGAGUUUGUGUGUGCGUGUGUGUGGCAGACGGCCUCACAGCUGUCAAAAAGGUGAAAGUUCAGCACUUGAUUCUUGCUCUGUGAAAGAUUUAUUUGCCUUUUUUUGGGAAGGUAGCAUCACCUCCCUCUUCAUAAAGUUAACAAAUGCAGUUUCGGUAUCUGUGGUGGGGUGGAGCUUGCGGGAAAACUGCACCGCAUGCAGCCGAAGAGACGUAGCAUUGGCUUGAUGAAGCGUGCCCGCUAAGUGUGACGAUUGUUGGACUCUACAUGGUCAGUUGUAAUUGUUGCCAACAACACCAUUAUCACCACACAUUGAUGUUUAAUGAGCUCAGCCUGUUCACAUUGUUUUAUGCAGCUCAUCUGCAUUUGUUUCUAUGUGUUGCCAUGGAGACGAGCAAGAAGCAAACAAGAUGGUGGCUCAUCGGUGAACGAAUGAAUUAAUUAAUCAAUGAAUUAAUCACUCAUGAAAAAGACCAUUAAAGGCUGUGUUACCAAAUUUUCUGCUGUUGUCCUUGAAAGAAAAAAGCUGAGGAAGGCCUUGUUAUUAAGGACUUGAAUUCAUGCCACGUCUCCUUUAUUGUGAGCCGAGUCUUGACUAAGACGAAGCUAUCUGAUUAAUAUUUAUUGGAAUUAUUGAAAUGCUCCACAGACCUAUGCAAAUCUGCGCUUGUAGUGUCCAGCGGUCACCACAGGGGGGCGCUGACAACAUAAAAGUCAACACUGGUAUGUAAAUGGAAUAUCUUAGUCAAAAUAAACAUUCUCUGGAAUGAAUAUAUUUACUUUUUGUUGCUUCCAUGAAACAGUACAUGAAGUUGGCAUAGACUUCACGAUGAUACAAUACCUAAUAUUAACAAAUUUAAAAUUUUGCUGUUUUAUUUUCAAGGUUUUCUCUCGUUUUGAUGAGUCAACAAGUCAUUUGUACACAAACGUGAUUGUUGCAGCUCUGGUUUGC